CUCAAAUAAAUUGGUUAGUCUCUAAGGUGCCACAAGUACUCCUUUUCUUUUUGAGUUUGAUAAGAUUCAAAGCAAUUAGUUAACGACAGGAAGUGAGUAUGUAGGUGGCUGUAUUGCUGUGCUGUUAGAGCUGUUGCUCUUGCUCUGUGCUAACCCUGACAUUUCUGGUUCCAAGAAUGUCAUUCAGUGUGUCGCUCUGAAAACUAAAAUGAAUGUACAGUCAGUGUGAAGUAACAGAAGCAGCUACAAGUAUGUUCAAAGUUCACUGUGUUUGGAAUCUCAACCUGGUUCAGUAUUCACUGGGAUUGUCAGUCUGUUACUGUCCAAUUUUUACUAUCUUGGGCUGUUUUACACACAUGGCAUUACAAAUUGCUCCCAUGUUACAGCACAGGCUUUCAGCUACUGGUAAAUAAUAGUAAUCUCCCACUCAAAGACACUAACAUCAGAACUGGGAGUAUCUUCUGCACCACCUGGGCUCCCACUAUUUUUGGUGGGACAUAUGUUGCUGUAUUUCUCCCAGACUUGCCCCUAAAUGUCAACUGUGCACAAGAAGUCCCCUAGAGCUAUGUUUAUGCAGGAUGUGUGGUUUCAUUUCAGUCUUUCUUGAGUCAUUCACUGUAAUUCAGAACCUUGCUGAUUCUGCUACAAAGGGGCUUUUUUACAGCAAUGUAGGAAGGGCAAAAUUGAUUAUUUGCCUAGAAAGGUGCGUCAGUAAUGGUGUAGUUGAAUCCAAGUUAAUGAUAUAUAAGCUCUAAUAUAAACUGACGUGCAAAAAAUGUUUCUACUGUACAGUGUGAGGCUCCAUUCAUAGUGGGCUGGAAAAUAAAUUAAAGAACAAUUUUUAAACUAUCUAAAUAUGGUUCUGGCUAACCUUGCUUCUAUCAGUUUUGCCAGCCUGUGUGGAAGGGGCCAAACUUUGUGUGUGUUGUUGUAAGUGUUCUAGCCUAGAAAGAACAAGAACACAGAUUGGUGGGGGGAACCAUAUGAGCCAACUCGCCAUUAAUAUUCAUUUAAAAAAACCCUUAUAUCGCCAGACUAAGACAAAACAAAUCAAUCUGAUUGUUUCUGGCAACACACAAAAUUCUAAAGAACUUGGCUAGGUACCACAAGAUUAACUGUUAACGAGGCACUUGAUAACCAGAAAAGACUUAACACUACAAACAUUUACAGGAAAUGUUUACACAUUUACACAUUACACAGCCAUUUACACAUUUACAGCCAGCCUGCACCUGCCAGUUUUUAAGUGAAGCUUACUUGUUGAAUAAACAAGAUAUUUUCCAUUCUCUACCAAUGGGAUCCCUGAAAAGGCACCUGGCUACCUUUACAUAAAUACCAAAGUAAACAUGUUUGUAUAUUACAUGUUGUAUUCAGGGCAGAGAGGGAGUCUCUGGUCAGAUUAAUCAAAUUAAAACAUCUGUGUAAUUUAAAUAGAUAUCAAAAUCUUUGAAGAAUUAAAGAUUUGCAGCAUAUUCUUAAAAUGCAGGAACACCGUUGAGCAAUCAAAAUUGUUCUCUCUUUUUAUCUUGUAUUUUUCCCCCCCUGAUCGUAGUAGGGUAGGAAUGGGGAUGAUUUUGCUUUACAUGUAAAUGUUUGAUUCAUUGAAUCAUUCCUCCUCUUAACAGCACACCCUGGACUAGUCUGUCAGAAAAAAUCAGUCAUGAAGUAGGGACUUUGUUAGGAUCUGCUUAAAAUCUUGGCUUUCAAAGGGAGUUAAAAUCUUUCAAAGGAGCUUAAGGGAGUUAAGCACCCAACUCUUACUGACUUUUUUUUUUUUGGAAAUGGCCCAACUUGAUUAUCAUACACAUUGUAAGGAGAGUGAUCACUUUAGAUAAGCUAUUACCAGCAGGAGAGUGGGAUGGGAGGAGGUAUUGUUCCAUGGUCUCUGUGUAUAUAAUGUCUUCUGCAGUUUCCACAGUAUGCAUCCGAUGAAGUGAGCUGUAGCUCACGAAAGCUUAUGCUCAAAUAAAUUGGUUAGUCUCUAAGGUGCCACAAGUACUCCUUUUGUUUUUGCGAAUACAGACUAACACGGCUGUUACUCUGAAACCUGUCUUUUUUACUGUAGCUCUGUUUACUGCUCAAAAGCAUGAGCAGGUUUUGUGUUGUUGGUUUUUUUUUUUUAUGGAAAAAAUGUGUGGGUUUUCCUCUAUACUCUGAACUCAAAAAUGACUGAAGAGACUUUGCAUCAAAAUCUCCAAAUAAAAAACCAAAUAUAAUCUGAGUACCAAGACUAAGGGUAUAAAAUCUCAUAAGGCCGUUUUUCAAAUUUGAAUAUAUAGUUUUGUUACCUUAGCCAUAGUGUGGGCCUGGUCACAGUGGCUGUAAUGAUAGAUCGUGAAGUUUUAAUUGAGUUCCGUGUGUUCAUUUUGUGUCCUAAAUUGCUGUGUUACUCAGUACUGUUAAAAAGUCCAUAUUUUGAUGUGAGGAAAGUAUACUCCAUGCAGUGGUACUGGAGUCAUUUUUAGACAUAGAUAAAAAUCAUCUAUUCUGUGUCUCUAAAUUUUCCCUGGGUGAUUUCAUCUUGUCAGGUUAGUGGUCACCUCAACUCUCAUGAUUCAUAAAAAUUUAUCUUUAUUCCUAGCCUUUCAGGAUCAGUUCUAGAUUUCCCCCCUCUCAAAUACAUCACUGGGACCACAAAAUAUAUUGAAGGGAGGAGAGUGACACAACUUUUUUUUUUUUUUUUUUUUUUGCUUCAAGACCACCAUCUCUUCAGUAACCAAAUUUACAAAUAACUUUUGAUUUUCCUCUUUUUCCUAUGCACUUUUCAAAAAGGCUAUGUGCAAGUCACACCACUGUCUUUUCAGCUCCUCCAGAAUUUCAUCCUUCCUGCUUAUCCUUCUUUGCAAGAAGUUGGCCCUCAUGUCUCAUUGAUUGCUGUAAUACCUUCUGGAGGAACGAGCCAGAACAAUAAUCCAAAAUGAAGAAAUGAGUUGCACGAUUGAGAAAGCCCUAGCUGAUGCUAAAGCACUAGUAGAGCGACUAAGAGAGCAUGACAACGCAGCAGAAGCUCUUAUUGAACAGACUACAGCUCUCAACAAGCGGGUGGAAGCGAUGAAACAGUACCAAGAAGAAAUUCAAGAGCUUAAUGAGGUAGCAAGACAUCGGCCUCGAUCUACAUUAGUAAUGGGUAUCCAGCAGGAAAACAGGCAGAUCAGAGAACUGCAACAGGAAAAUAAAGAACUACGUACAUCUCUUGAAGAACAUCAGUCUGCUUUGGAACUCAUAAUGAGCAAAUACAGAGAGCAGAUGUUUAGGCUGCUCAUGGCCAGCAAAAAGGACGAUCCAGGUAUAAUAACAAAGUUAAAAGAGCAACAUUCCAAGGAGCUACAAGUGCAUGUGGACCAAAUUACAGAAAUGGCAGCAGUAAUGAGAAGAGCCAUUGAAAUUGACGAGCAGCAGGGUUGUAAAGAGCAGGAGCGUAUUUUUCAGCUUGAAUUGCACUACUCGACCACUGUGAAAAUUAGUUGUUGCUAUCCUGGUGUGAUGAAUUGGGAAUAUGCCUGUUCAGUUUACGACUUGUGUGAGAUUAUGAAGCCUAUAUUUGUGUCAGACUGCAAACUCUCUAUUUUGAAAAUGCGGCCUUUUGCUUUCUCUGUGGUCUGUCUGCCUCCAUGUAGGGUUGCAAAUUCCAAAGGCUGGUGGCAAAACAACAAUAGAGGGUAGUUGUCUCAAGUACCCAAUCACUGGAAAUCUAGUCACUCUUGAGGAGACUGGUCCCUGCCCUGAAGAACUGGUUUAGCAGAUGGGAGGUGACUUUGCUCAUAUAGGGAAGCUGGCUUGAGUGUCACCUGACAGAUGGUGAAGGUUUUAAAAGAGCAGAGGCUGGUCUCUGCAUGGGGGCUGUUUUCUUCAGUCUGAGGGAGAGCUCACUUCCCUUGUGACAGCAUGCAUGAGGCAGGGGAUACCCUGCCCACCUUCAGAACACAGAUUAUUCUUCAACCACUUCCAACAGAAGGGUGAGCAAAUGAGGGAUAUUGUGGUUAAGAUGUUUUAUUGUUUCCUGUGGUCUAGUUUCUUCUGUGCUUUACAGUAUUAAGUAUGAAAGAGCAUAAAGGUGUUAGACAAGGGGUGGGCAAAAUACAGCCUGGAUCCAACCCAUUCUGUCCAGCCUGCCCUGACUAGCAUUUCUGCCUGGCCUCCUCUGCCCCCUCAUGAUCUCAGAGUCUGGGCUGUUAAAAGUCCCACGGUGCAAUGGGGAGCGCAGGCAGGCUGGCUGCCUACCAUGGUCCCAUGCCAAUGGGAAACCGACCAAUGGGAGCUGCGGGGGUGGUGCUUGUGGGCACAGGCAGUGCACAGAGAUGUGCCAGCAGCAACCAGACGCAGCUGCUUCCAGGAGUGGUGUGGGGCCUUGGCAUGCAGGCAGCCUGCCUGAGUCUUGCUGCGCUGCUGGCCGGGAGCCAGCUGUAGUAAGUGCCUCCCGGCCAGAGCCCACACCUUGUACCCCCUGGCCCCAGGUCAGAACCCCCUCCUGCACCCAAACUCCCUCCCAGACCCUGCACCCCAACACUCUGCACCAGUCCGGACUCCCUCCUGCACCCAAACUCCCUCCCAGACCCUGCACUCCCUCCAUUAAUAUAUUAGAAAUGUGAAGCCCGUGAUGACUUACCAAAAUUAGUGGAGUGGCCCUCCUGCGAAAAUUAUUGCCCACCGCUGUGUUAGACUGUACAAAGUGUAAACUGUAAGUGUGUAUGCAUCACAACUGCUGCACUGUAAACUGGAGGCUUCACACCUUUUGGGUGGCGUUCUGGGAAAGGGGUAGGUUUAAGUGCAGGGGAGUCAGUGCUGAGCUAAGAAGGGCUAGGUGGCUGGAUAGUGGGUUCACACUCAGAAGGGGUGCCAAUUAGAAGAGAUAUGCCCUGAGAUUGGGGCAGUGGCUGAACUCCACUGAGGCUCCAGAAGCUUAACACACCCAAGGGAUCCAGAGCAUAAAGGGGUGGGUUCCUCUCACAUCAGUCCUGGGCACUCACUAGAUUCUGAGAGACAAUCGUCCAAAUACUUUCCUUGGCUCCAGUUGUCUACUUUGACUUCUAAUAUGUCUCCUUAGAUGCUAUAUUCUCUGCAACAAUAGAGAGAGCCUUACCAGUGGCACUUCCUUGUGCCCUUUACAGAAUGCUAUGCUAUUCAGCUUAAUUAAGGAUUCAUAUGAACCAUUCAAACAACUAUUUUCAACAUUCAUCAGCACUAACCAUGAAGUCUGCAAAGCCAGUAGUUUUGAAGAAGAAAGUUCAAUCUUUUCUCUACUCUUAUUGCCAUUUUAGUCCUGCAUGGUAGAGGAUGCUCUGCAUUCUUGGUUUUCAGUCUCAGCUUCUGUUCUAUGUAAAUUUUCCAAUCCUGUUGUUCCCAUCACAUUAUUGCAACCCAAAACAACCUCAUCUCAUGACAAAAUUAUCAAAAUGUAAUAUGCUAUUGAAUUAGCUUGAUCUAAUUUAUUUUUAUGCUCCUGUUUGCAUUAUACUCUAUUUGGACAAUAAGAUUAGUCAGUUUUGCUCUGUCCAACUCUUGCAAUUUUUUUCCAUGAGUCCUGCAAUAGGAUGUUUUAUGUAAAAUUCCAGCUCCUAGGGAAGUGAUUGAGAGUUUCAGCUUUCAUUUUUAAACAGUUAAAUUUUUAGCCCUCAUGUUUUAGACAAAAGCUUUAAAAAUGUGACAAGAAUGUAUGCUGAAGGUUCAGAAGGCAAAUAACCUCCAACCCACAUGCAUGUGUGUUUUGUCUUAAAAACCAUUUUAAAAAAAAAAAUUUUGGGGAUCGCUUUUUGAAUGUUUGAGGUAGGCAAUGUAGCUUUCUGGUUAUGUGAUUACACAAUGCUUUGCCACAGAGAAAUGUUUUAAAUAAGUGUUUUCCCAUGGAGGGGGGAAAUCUUAACUUUGUUUAAAAAAAAAAGUUUAAACUUAAGCUAUCCUCUUCCUUUGAGCGCUCUUCUUGAUGCUGAAGAUAUCUGUUCAGUACAAAAAAAAUAGAACUCCUAAAUACUCCCUCACUCUUAAAUCACAGAUUAAUGUAAAACUUUCUUCCUCUUCCAUUCCAAACAAUCUCCCCAAAUCGGUCUUAUUUUCAUUUUCUUUGUCCUGAUUUCCACCUGGAAUUAUUUUAAGUGUCUCUUUUUUUAUU